CUAGCCGUCAGUUACCCUUUAAGUUUUACGAGACGCACCGGAAAACGAUCUCAGAUCAAAAUGAAACUGCUAUUAAUAGCAUGGGUUGUAGCUUCAGUCUUUGUGCAAGGAUGGUCGAUCACGUGCUAUCGUUGUGGUGGAGCUGCACCAAGUUGUGAGGGGUCUGGUAAAGCGACAGUAAAAUGUGAUGAUUCAUCCAUGCCUGGUUCUGUGUUCGCCUGUCAAGUGUACACAGUCAAUUUUACUUCAUACAACACGAUCAAGGAGUUUAAAAGAUGGUCGAUCACGUGCUAUCGUUGUGGUGGAGCUGCACCAAGUUGUGAGGGGUCUGGUAACGCGACAGUAAAAUGUGAUGAUUCAUCCAUGCCUGGUUCUGUGUUCGCUUGUCAAGUGUACACAGUCAAUUACACUUCAUAUGACACGAUCAAAGUGUUUAAAAGCUGCUGCUUGUACGAGGACUGCAACAAAGAUCCUUGUAAGGACUUUGGGAAAGAAACAGUCUGCUCUAAGAUGGCCAGUUGUCAAGAAGAUAAAUGCAACUUCGACUACGACUUUGCCAAGGCUUCCCAGCCUCCAACGCUUCCCUCCGAGGCUAAUAGCGUUACUACGGGAAAAGUCCUGGGAGCGACCCUUGUAUUGGCAGUUAGCUUUUCAUUGUUCAUUUAAGUAUUUCAUAACUUUUCUUUGGCAGGUAUCACUUAAAGAUAAGCUUGCAGCGUUUGAUUUAUUGCACGGUGUUUAAAAAAACUG